AUGUACAAUAUGGGCCUAUUUGGCCACAUGCGUAUCCACGAGAGCGGAAUUGACCGUAGCCCCGACACACCUAGCAUGUCCACCACGCCUAUCAUGCCUAGUCCCGCCAACACUCCGCCGCACAGCGUCCCCACCGCCACCAGCUCCACCACCACCGAAGUUGAUACUGACACCGCCGUCAUUUCCUGUCCACACUGUCCCCGUACAUUCACCGCACGCAUCGGCCUGGUCAGUCACUUGCGAAUCCAUCGCACAGAGACUGGCGAACCAGUGCCUGGAGCACCAUCCUACACAUGCCGCAUCUGCUUCCACUGUCCAAAUUACACUCGCACAUUGAUUCACCGCAUGGGUCUAUUAAGUUACAUACGCGUCCACGAAAACCUGCGAUAG